UUGACCUUGUGGCUACUCCACACAAGGAAACUGCAGCUUUUAUUUAUUAAAAAAAAAAAAGACGAAGAAGAAGCAAAUGGUUUCCUUUUGGUUAUUAAGGUUAGGGUUAGGUGUAGGCAUAGCAGUGAAUUAAUAAUUAUGUCAGUGGAAGGUCCUCACAAGGAUAGUAAAACAAAAAAAAAAAGUAUGAUUGAUACAAAGAGAAAGGAAUGGAAAUCAAGGAUAGAAAAUUAGAUUCCUUUGCACAGGAAAAGCAAUUAGAUUUCCAGGAUGGGGGCAGCAUGACGCUGUGCGUGAGUGUGUGUGUGUGAGUGUGUGUGUGUGUGUGUGUAAGAAUGUUAGAGUGAGAGAGAUGCAGCAGCAGAAGACUGGCGGCUGUUUGGAUGCGCAGAAGCAGCAGAGAAGAGAGGAUAGCUCAGCUGUCUCCAGUCUCCAGCAUCCUGAGAGGGAAACCACGGCACGGGCAGCACAGGCAUCCUGCACCUCCUGCAUAUUUUCCUUUCCUUCCACACUCACUCAUACACAUGCAUUCUUAUCUGGACCAAACAAGAUGGUGCAUAUGGACUAGUGCAAUACAUAAGGGGACAAACAUAAGAAUUACAGACAUGUGAUUAUCAUUCCUGUGGAUCCUGUGCCAAUUUUUCCAUCAUGUGAUCAGAGACACAAGUGCAUACUUCAUCAUGUGAUUGGAUACAAGGCUGCAGCAAGGACAACGAUUCUCAACGAGGGAUUUUUUUCUGGAGGCAGGAUCAUAUUGUCAAGAGGGUAGCCUCAUAAUACUACGAUUUUCCAGCCCUAUUUUCAUAUAAAUAGUCGGAAUGUGCUCUCAUUGCCAAGUCUGAGUGUUUGAGAGCCUCUCACUGAGCCUAGCCCACCAACACCUGCAACACUCUCAUAUAUGCGCAAAGGUUUAUUUAUCAAUGAACAAAGAAUGUUCAAGCUGGAAAUUCCACACAUGGAACCAUUUAGUCAGAGGAUCCCAACUUGCUACAUGGUCCAUUGCCAAAAAGUUCCAAAAAUUGAUUUUCCUGAUGUGCUUGAAACAAAUUCAAGUGAUUUAAAGAGUAAAACCCAAAGAUUGUUGUUUUAACUUUCCCCAGUCAAGGACAGUUUUUUUGGAUGAAGGAUUAAAUAAACACCAUGUUUAAACCUCAACACUGUUACUUUUAAAACAAAGGUACUUUUUAAUAAAGUGUAUCAAACGAAAGUGUAUUAAAAGGUUUAUAAGGACAAUACCACGGAAUGCUAGCUUGAGUGAACUUGGUUUACCAAAAUAAGAAUAAAAUGGCUGAAGCUACAGAAUAUAAUGGCACUGAAAACAUGCUUUCUUCCACUGACCAUCCCUUCAAUUUCACCACUGAAUAUGAGGAUUUUCAGUCAGAGUCCAAUGCUAGCAAGAUCAUCAUCCCUUCUAUCUACGCCCUAGUCUGCUGUGUGGGCAUCAUAGGAAAUGGCAUGGUUAUAUACGUCAUCCUCAAGUAUGCCAAGAUGAAAACAGCGACCAAUAUUUACAUUUUGAACCUUGCAAUUGCUGAUGAACUCUUCAUGUUGAGCGUUCCAUUUCUGGCCACAUCAGCUGCGGUGCGUCACUGGCCGUUUGGAUCGCUGAUGUGUCGGCUGGUCCUUAGCGUGGACGGCAUCAACAUGUUCACCAGCAUUUUCUGCUUGACUGUGCUCAGCGUGGACCGCUAUAUUGCAGUGGUGCACCCCAUCAAGGCAGCCCGCUACCGCCGACCUACUGUCGCCAAAGUGGUUAACGUCUGCGUGUGGGGACUUUCACUUCUUGUCAUCUUGCCCAUCAUUAUCUUUGCAGACACUGUUCCAGCGCAGGAUGGAGGGGUAGACUGCAACUUUCUGUGGCCUGAGUCCUCAUGGUCAGAAGCAUUUGUGGUCUAUACCUUCUUGCUGGGCUUCUUGCUUCCCGUGGCAGCUAUCUGCCUAUGCUACUGCUUGAUUGUGGUGCGUAUGCGAGCAGUAGGCCUCAAGGCAGGAUGGAUGCAGCGGCGGCGCUCCGAGAAGAAGAUCACUCGCAUGGUGCUACUGGUGGUCGCUGUCUUCGUCCUUUGCUGGAUGCCCUUUUACAUAGUGCAGCUUGUGAGUGUGUUCUGCCAGCCACCAGACCCCAUGGUGACUCAGCUGUUUCUCAUUCUAAGCUAUGCUAACAGUGGUGCUAAUCCUAUACUGUAUGGAUUUGUAUCUGACAACUUCCGGCGCUCCUUCCAAAGAAUUGUCUGCUUCCGCUGGUUGGAGAAUGGACCAGAUGCAGAGCAGGUGGACUACUAUGCUGUGGCCCUCCGGCGACAAACAACAUGUGGUCCACAGGACUUCCCUAAAGAGUGCUGCUUAGCCUCUGAUAUGGUGUUUCGCAACGGAACAUGUACCUCUCGUACAACUACCCUGUAAGCUUUUCUCUGACUUUUCUCAAAAGCAAACAAAAAAAAUUCAUGUUUUCAUAUGUAAAAAGGAACAAUUUUAACUGUACUAUAAGUACUUAAAAUCACUUGAUAUUUAAAUUAUUCAUUAUAUGUGCUGCUAACUGAUUGAAAUUUUUUUUCUUUUGUAUAGGCUUCCUGACAAAGCUUAAUUAUGAUUAUAUAAAAAGUCUUGUUCUUAGUUGUAGGUAUUCAGUAAGUAUCUGUGUCAUGAAUAUAACAUUAAAUGUGUUGAAUUAAAGUUAACCAGGUGUAGUAUAAUUGCUUUAGCACAGCAUUACUAUGACAAGAUGGGGUUAGCCAUAUCCACGUUGCUGUUCUUGAUUAAAUCAUUCUUUCUCAUAGUCAUGUUUGUACAAGUCAUGUGUCGUAGGCCCAUAAUGUUUAUAAUUAUGUAUUAAAAUGAGAACUGUUUAAGUUUGUGGAUGUAUGAAUUUGAAUUUCAGCUAGAUCUUUGGAUUAUUUAUCUCCUGAAGUCAAAUAUGAAUGUUCUUCAUUCUAUAUAAUAUUUUAAAUAUUGGAUGUGUGUAAAGCAUAAUUAAUCAGCAUGUUCUCUACAUAUGUGAGUAUCUCUCUUGCUUGAUUCACAGUUACCAUAUCUGUAUCAUAAGUCUUUCCCCUUACACUAGAGAAAAAUGUCAUUGUUCUAAGAAAGAGCUGUUAUAACUCUCCCGGUGCUUAUGGUCCCUCACUCCCUGAUGUUGCGUUGUUGCGCCUGUUUGUCUCACACAUCAUUUUCAAGAUCAUCAAAAAUCCAGAGUAAUGGAUGAAAAAAUGACUAGUAUCCCAAAGGUAAAAGUAACAAAUCAGAAGAAAAAUAAAGAUGUGGUUUUUCAACUGACAUGUGAAAACAAGGCAUGAUGGUUAAAAAAAAAAUCACACCCAAGAGACACCUCUUUCAUUCUUCUGGAUCUGGGAAUUUUGGGUAACACAUAACACUCACUACUGAAGAUCACAUGUACUAUGUUAUUUGUAUGUUUUUGUUUUUCAUAAUUCUGUAAACCUCCUUUUCCUGAACAACACAGUCAACUCAGGAACUAUGUAUGUUUUAUGCCAAAUUGCAAAAUCGAGCUUAGACAUUUCAAGUAAUUUCCAAUGUACAGCAUGUUAGUUUUAUGGUCUGGACAGUUUCUUAACAUACUUUAAAUUGUUUCCAAAGAAUAGAGCCUUGGAGAUAUGAAUUUAGGAAAUGCUGCCCAGGAUAUCUCUCUGAAGAACUGACAACAGCAUUUGUCAGCAUUUGUCAGCAUUUGACUAAAAAAGGGCAGGGAGACACAUAUAACAUAUCACAUCUCACUCAACAGUAUAAAUCUAAAGAGCUCACAUACUGUACAUUUCUCCAUCUAUUGUCUUAAGACAAGCACAUGUGCCAAACGUUCUGGCCUUGAUUUACUAAAACUUGAAAAUGCCUGCAAAAAACAUGCAAAAUCUUUCUCAUGCUAUGUGAUUUAUUGAGAGUGAUAGAGACUCGGAGAAUGACAUUUGCAUGAACAAAUGAAUACUAUCAAAGAGCCAGUAUUAAAUUUUGCAGAAGACCAUUUCCAGGGAAACAACAAACCAAACAGGAAAUAAGCUCAUAUUCUCACGUGCUGAGGGGGCACAGACCUGUGUGCUUUGUUCACUAAGUGGUGCUAUAAAAUUAUAAUUUAUCAACAGAUUAGCCUAAGCAUGAUUCUUUUCCCUGUAAGUCCUUAAAGAAUAAUAAGGUCAAUAUA